UCGGUGUGGGCGGGGAGCAGGCGCACUGGUGACCUGUGCGCUCAGCGCGCCUGCGCAGUCAGUCUUCCCCAGGCGGCCGCCAUGGCUGGACAGGAGGACCCGGUGCAGCGGGAGAUCCACCAGGACUGGGCGAACAGGGAAUACAUUGAGCUCAUCACCAGCAGCAUUAAGAAGAUCGCGGACUUUCUCAACUCGUUCGAUAUGUCUUGCCGUUCAAGACUCGCAACGCUGAAUGAGAAGCUGACAGCCCUGGAGCGGAGGAUAGAAUACAUCGAAGCUCGGGUGACGAAAGGCGAGACUCUCACCUAGAGCUGCACUGCCUGCUGCUGGGACUUGCUUUACAGGACACAGACCUCGCAGAGCAGGCCCUGCAGCCCCAGCUCUUCUUCUUCUCCUUCAAGAGCAACAGGGCUUUUUCUCGUGUUUUCUUUUUCCAAAGGUCCAGCCUUUGCACUCCGCCAUGAGCACCUGAGAGUGUGGUGUGGCACAGUGUGGGGAGAUGUCCGUGGUCUCCCGGAACAGCUUAGGCAUUUACCUUGCAGUAGCACGCAGCGUUAGCAUCAGUGUGUCUCAGGUGUCCAGAGCCCAGAGCCUGGCUUCCGCUAAGGCCCCUGCCUGCUCCCGACUCUCCUUCAGCUUCUGGCAUUUCUGCCUUUGUCUGUGCCCGACUUUGGGGAGGGGAGGGUCCUGGCUGGUCACUCAGCAGCUGCCAGAGAACAUUGCUAACCUGCCACUUUGUUCUGGAGAUCCAGGCCAGUCCUCUAAUUGGCUUGAAGGGACAUCUUCAGAGUUUUCUGUCACUUGAUCUUUUUGUGCCUCUUGUAAUUCCCUAAUAAAUUCCUCAACUUUA